CUUCGCCGUCUGUCUGUCCAAUGGUCUGUCUGUGAGCUUUUGAGGAGUUGAGAGGUUUCAGCAUUCUGUGGUUGCAGUAGGCGUCGUGCACGUCUUCCGUUUUGAUCGUUCAGAACUUCUGAACGUAUUCGAAGAGAUGGCUGCGGUGCGGUCGGUGUUUAUUUUCGAUGGUUGAACUAAGCAAGCGCCGCACUUUCGAUGACCGCGAUGACACAAGACGGGAAAGACGCGUCGGCGAUGGCCGGCAACCGCUUCACGGCACUGUGCUUGUCGUGGAACGUGGUACUGUCAAUUCUCAUUGUGAUUCUAAACAAAUGGGUGUACGUGUACGUCAACUUCCCGAACGUUACCAUGACCAUGUAUCAUUUUGUGAUGACAUUCGUGGGUCUGCUAGUAUGCCGCGCACUCAAUGUGUUCCAAGUAAAGAAGCUUCCGCUGCGUCAGAUGUUGCCUCUGGCGACGACGUUCUGCGGCUUCGUCGUUUUCACCAACCUCUCCCUGGGUCACAACACGGUGGGGACCUAUCAGAUCAUCAAGACCCUCACCAUGCCGACCAUCAUGGUCAUCCAGCACUACUGGUACAAGAAGAACUUCUCGAUGGGCAUCAAGCUCACACUGGUACCACUGACAUUGGGCGUGUACCUCAGCAUCUACUAUGACAUCCGCUUCAACCUCCUUGGCACCUGCUACGCCCUGGCCGGUGUGUUUGUCACUUCCCUCUACCAAGUGUGGGUGGGCGAGAAGCAGAAGGAGUUCCAGGUGAACUCGAUGCAGCUGUUGUUCUACCAGGCACCCCUCUCAGCACUGAUGCUGAUGGUGCUGGUGCCGCUAAUCGAGCCACCCUGGGCUCCCGGAGGGUUCCUCUACCAGUCCUGGAGCCAGCUGCAUCUGAUGCUGGUGCUGAUGACAGGUGUGGUGGCCUUCCUAGUGAACCUGUCUAUCUACUGGAUCAUAGGCAACACAUCCGCAGUCACCUACAACGUGGUGGGCCAUCUGAAGCUGAUGCUGGUGCUAGUGGGCGGCUUCAUCGUCUUCCAGGACCCCAUACACACCGAACAGGCCAUCGGCAUUGUGCUCACACUGGCAGGCGUGCUGCUGUACACGUACAUCAAGCUGAAGGAGACCCCCGACGCUACGCUGCCAUCCUCAACUCAAGCCAAGCCAGUCACCAAAAGCUAGUCAGAUACAAACCAUGUUCUGCCUUGUUAGGUGGACCUUGCUUGCAACAAAUGCACGAUCAGGGAUUGUUACAGCCUGGUCACUUUUGUAUUAAACACUUGUUUUGGUCACAGUUUAA